ACCUGUCUGCCGUGAUUCCGGAGCCGGACUACUCGGACUCGGAGGAGGAGAGUCGGCCGGCCCGGUCCAGCUUCAGUGGCGGCAUGGCCUCGGACGGAGCGCUGGUGCCGCGCCGGCUGUCGGCGCCGCUCCCGCCGGCCGCCGACCGCCAGCAGAAGCUGCACAGGGAGCUCGCCUUUAACCAGAAAAUCGGUAAGAACCUGUUGGGGCAGAAGAGCGAGCUGCAGCGAGCCAUGGAGCGCCACCGCGAGCAGCGGGAGCGGCGCCAGCUGCAGGACCAGCUGCGAGACAACCGGACCAGCUUCGAGAUCGCGCUGGAGGAGCGCAUGUCACGCGCAGAGCCAAAGGCGCAGGACGCGGCGCCACCCUCUGCUGACGUCACGCCCGAGUUCCUCCGCGUGCACGCGCGCAUGCGGUCCAAGGUGAACGCGCCCUCCUGAAUCCGGCGACAGGGCGGCCUGGUGUUGUGUCGUGUCAUAGACUCGCGUCGCCGACCAGCGGCGAUCCGACGAGGUCAUCGGAGGUUCCGUGCACCAGCGGGCGGACCCCGCCAGCGACUGAGGGACCUGAAGCGCCCGAGGCGGAGCGGCGUUGCACGUGCACAGUCCAGUCACUGAGCCAGUCGUCUCGUGCCGGUCUGAGCAGACCGUCAGAUGUGUAUCGCGAUCAUCCGGCGCGUUGUAGGUGGUCAGGCCUGUUCUAUGAUUAAGCGGUAAAUACUGUUUUAUGAAGUGUUCUUUAUUUCAGGAUUGAGGACACGAUGCCGAUCCGCGCAAUGCGGGGCGAUCUUGGAGUAUUGAGCGUAUAGAAGGCACAGGUCGUAGAAACCCGUACUGCAUUAUCCGCACCUGAGUUUUAUGUAAGAUAUGUACAAAGGUUCUAUCAAUAAACUGUUUUGUAAAUAGA